UAAACUUUCAACUUCGCUGCGAUCCGCUUUCCACUCCAGCAGCCCAGCUUGCUUUGGCUUCGCGAGCAUUUCCUUCCCGACCAAAACGAAGCGCAAAUUGUCACACUUAUCGCUCUGGGGCCUGGUUUAUUUUUCUACGCUCAGCCGCCUUCCUCACCACUUUCAGCCCACGGCGCAGUCUGGCCAAGUGCCUCCCUACCGGCAAAGCUUUGUCGCGUGGACGGCACAUGCGCGCGUAAUUACCCACACCGCAAUUCGCAUUCAUCAGCAUUCACGCAUGGUGACUCCCAGCAUCGCUAGCAAUAGAGAUGAUGGUUGGAGGACGUCGGGAACGGCACUAGUCACCCCUUCUCGCCAUGACUCGCCCGCCUGGCGCGAGCUUCGCCCAGUUCUUCCCUGCCGCACCGCGAGCCGCAAGGGACAGGGCAAUGGAACGCGAGAGGGCGAAAAUGAAAGCACAGGAAUCUCCGCCUGCCCGCCCGGUCGAUGCCAAUGGCUACAGCGCCCCGCUCAAUCCUUCGGCAUCUUCUCACAAUGACGAAGGGCCUGUCACCGGCUUCACAUCGAGACCUCAGCUGAACGGCACCGCUGCUCAUGCCUCGCACCCCCCGACGGAUGAUACCGAGUCGCUCGCUGGAGACACGCUCCAUGCCGUCGGAUCAGCCAGCUCUCAUACAAGUGCAAGCUCCUCAGUCUUCAGUGCUCCCACCCGACCGAGCGCCACCAGUGCCAUGAAGUUCUCCAAUAACCAACUUACCCCUCCUACCACCAUCGCAUCACCGUCGUCAUAUCUAUCUACAGCUGCCCCCACCAAGGCGCAGUCGACCACUCCUCGCCGCGCCGACGGAAUCAACGGACUCACGCCGAUUCCCAACGGAUCUGUCCUUCAUACACCGGCCGUCGAACGCGUGCCUGCCCGAGACCCCUCUCGCUCGAUCAAAUGCAUUAAGCGUACAUAUGAGCCUUUUCUCGAUACAUCGCUUUCGAGCUCCGAAAAGAGAAAGGCGAAACCGAUAUACAAGGAGUUUGGGUUGGACGACCAAGAUGACGCUCCCCCUUCAGACCCCCGCCUAGCAAAGGGCGGGAGGUUGAACUACAUCAAUGUCGACUUCCACCUCCCGAAAGCGCGGUUACGACAUGCGCCCUACAACCUGAAGCCGUACAAGUAUGAUCCCAAGACGUCGUGUGGCUCCGGGCCGCCGACCCAGGUUGUAGUUACGGGGUUCAACCCUUUGAUUGCAUUUUCCAAAGUCACGGCCGUCUUUGCUUCCUUCGGUGACAUCGCCGAAAGCAGCAACAAGAUGCACCCCGACACCGGGAGCUAUCUGGGGUUUGCUACCUUCCGCUACCGGGAUUCGAAGCCGAGCCGCUCGCGCCCCGUUUCGAUUACCGGCGCCGACGCCGCAAAGCGCGCCAUUCGGGCAAUGCACGGAAAGAGGAUCGAGGCGAACACAGUCCGCGUCGAGUAUGAUGCUGAGGGCAAAAAGAGCUCCCGCAUGUUGGUGGAGGUGCUACACAAGGGGAACGAAACGACACCAGCUUUGGGCGAGCCUAGGAUCCCCACGGGUCCGAAACCCAAAGAAGUCAUUCCUGGGCCCCCUCCGACAGCACCGAAGGGUCCCGCGGCGCACCGAGGCGGGUUGGUGAAUGUCCAGGGCGUGUGGGUGCCGAAGCCCAGGCCUGAUUCAAUCAUCGAGGGUGAACCCGUCGCGGCCCAACUCAAGCACGACCCUUACAUUUUUGUAGGCCACGAGCAUGUCCCCGUCAUGCCCACCACGGUGGCCCACAUGAAGAGGCGCUUAAAAACCUACAUGUUUGAGGACAUACGGGCGGAUAGGACCGGAUACUACAUCGUGUUCCAAGAUUCGGGAUACGGCCGGGCCGAGGCCGAACGUUGCUUUCGGUCGGCUGACCGCACCGCCUUCUUCACCUACACAAUGGUCAUGGACCUCCACCUCCAUGGAACCGACGGCAAGGCCUCGAAUGCACCCGAUACUCGCCGGCGCACUCGCACACCAGAACGGAGACAUGCCGACGAGACCCGACCCCACCGUGAGCAUGACCGCAGCAAGCGCGACGAAGAGCGAGCUCGGCGCGACGAACGAGACCGGCGCCGGCGAGAGGAAGAGGCCGACCUCGAAGAAGAGAAACGUCAGAGAGCCAAGAAUUACGACCCGGUACUAGAGGCCACGGACGUGGUUCUCCGGGAGAUGAAGGAACAACUCAUCAAGAACAUCCGCACCAAGAUUGCGGCACCCGCCUUGUUUCACUUCCUAGACCCUGUUAACCACCUGGCCAAGCGACGGAGACUCAAUCUCGAGGAUCCUCAGAGUGCCAGGCUUCCUCCGAUCGUGCUCGAUGAAUUCGAAGACAGAUCUCCCGUCAGCACCCCGAACUCCAGGGCGGAUCCCAUAGAACGGCGAACCGCCCGCCUUGACGUGUCUGCGCUUCCGCGUAUCCGCAAGGUCAAGAACGCCGGUUUGAAUACCCGCAAGCAUGGGUUUAAUGACCCGUUUGCGCGAAAUCGACCAGCGGCUAGGCGCACCGCGUUCCGGUCUCUUCAUUACCGUCUGAGGACCGACAGUGAGGGCGAAUCCGAAGACGAAGCCGAGAAUAGGACAUCGCUCGGCAGAGACACGGAAGAGCCCGAGUCCCGGCCCCGGAGCCGCAUGAGCUCGGACGACGAGGCGGAUAAGGAUGACUAUGCGUCCUGGGGUCCCGGUGACGACGACUCGAUGACAGAGGCCAGCUUUGCGUUAGGUGAUGGGUCGGGCGUGCCUAAGAAGAGGAAGCUGGAUCUCCAAGUCGAAACGGCCAUCAAACGGCAGAAGAAGACUGACGAGGAGCUUUUCGGAGUGACCAUCGAUCGCAUCGGAACCGAAUUUCCGUCUAGAGAAGAUUCUCCGGAGGAUAUUCUGCUUCCCGGGCCUGAAGCUGGUGAAGAGAAAGAUAUCGACAGCUCGCGACUGGCGACGCCUCUACUACAAGGGGACAAGGCCAAAAAGAAGGCGCCGGCGAAGACAAAGCGGAAAUCGAAAAAGCAGCUCUUCGAGGAGAGAGAAGCCCUCAAACGGCAGCAGCAGGACAUAUUUGAGAGGGAGGCCCUGCAAUCGGAGGACGUCGACGAGGUAAUACCGACACCGGAACCCGAGAGCGAGCCCAAGCCACCCAAAGCGGAGAAGGAGGAAAAGCCGGAGAAGCCGGCUCUGGAUGAGAAUCUAUAUCCGUCUGAGAAGGUCUCCGUGUUAGAUCUCCCUCGGGAUUUCCGUCUUGACGUGGGUGCCUUGGAGGAGUUGGCUCUUGGGCCGAAUGAUCAGCCAGACCUCGACCGGCUUCGUAAAAGAUUCGGCCGCGGCAAAGUGGAUGAUCCCGAACUUUGGGUAUGGCGGCGGGAUCGUAUUCGCGAACUGAACUCGGCCGACGGAACGGCCAAAACCCCGGUGCGCAUUGAGGGAUACUACGUCCCCAAUCCCACCGGCUGCGCCAGGGCCGAGGGAGUCAAGAAGAUUCUCAACUCGGAGAAGUCCAAGUAUCUCCCUCACCACAUCAAAGUCAAGAAGGCCAGAGAGGAGCGCCAGGCACAGAACGGCAAGAAUGCUAAAGACUCGGUACUCGCUGCCGCGGAAGCUGCUAGGCUGGCCGCAGAGAGCCUCGUGGCCAAGGGCAACUCCCGUGCCAACCGCGCCAACAACCGCCGUUUCGUCGCCGAUCUCAACGACCAGCGAAAGACGCUCGGCCAAGACUCUGACGUGUUGCGGUUCAACCAGCUUAAGAAGCGGAAGAAGCCCGUCAAGUUUGCGAGGUCGGCCAUCCACAACUGGGGUCUGUACGCGAUGGAGAAUAUUCCUAAGGACGACAUGAUUAUUGAGUAUGUCGGCGAGGAAGUCCGUCAGCAGAUCGCCGAGCUCCGGGAGAAUCGAUACCUCAAGAGCGGUAUCGGCAGCAGCUACCUUUUCCGGAUCGACGACAACACGGUCAUCGACGCGACCAAGAAGGGUGGCAUCGCCAGGUUCAUCAACCACAGCUGCAUGCCUAACUGCACGGCCAAGAUCAUCAAGGUGGAGGGCAGCAAGCGGAUUGUGAUUUAUGCCCUCCGGGACAUUGCGCAGAACGAGGAGUUGACAUACGACUACAAGUUCGAGCGCGAGCUUGGCAGCACCGACCGCAUCCCCUGCCUGUGCGGAACGGCCGCGUGCAAGGGCUUCCUCAACUGAACACCCCGCGGCCGGCCUCGACAUCUAAUUCUUGUAAUCUUUGUCUUGCUGUUGCCGCUUACGACUACUUCGUUGCCUCGGUUCGAUUAGCCGCUGCUCGCGGUCGAGGACCUUGGGAGUGGUUUGCAAUAUAUUCGAUCACGUUGCAUCAAAUUAACCGCAUUGCGUUCUC